CACAAGCAGAUCAGCAUCACUGACAACCACAAGCGAUCACCGCCGGGUAACAUCUGAUCUUGAGUAACCAAAGUAUCCGCAUUUGGUGGUCCACGGCCGUCGCCGGCCGGAGACGAAGAAGGAGGAGGCACUAGGCAUAUACCAGGAGGAGACAUGGACAGGGUGACGAGGCUGGCGUCGCAGAAGGCGGUGGUGGUGUUCAGCAACAGCAAGUGCGGCAUGUCCCACGCCGUGACGCGGCUGCUCCGGGAGCUCGGCGUCGACGCGCGCGUGGUGGAGCUCGACGAGGAGCCCGCCGGCGCCGACAUGGAGAGCGCGCUCGCCAGGAUGCUCGCCGGCGGCAGCGGGGGCGGCCGCGGCGGCGUGCCGGCGGUGUUCAUCGGCGGCAGGCUCGUCGGCUCCACCGACAGGGUCAUGUCGCUCCACCUAUCCGGCAGCCUCGUCCCGCUCCUCCGCGACGCCGGCGCGCUCUGGGUGUAGCCAUGCCAGCUGGCAGCUGCCAAGUGUACGUACGUACGUACCAAUGUGCGCAGUAGGAUCACCGUACUUAUAUACAUAUCGUACGU